GAAAAACGUUUUUUUUUUGUCACUGAAACCAGACAUCUAAAUAUCCUCUGCCUUUUAAGUGCAUUUUCCGGUAUCGAUUGAUCAGGAAGUUUUUAAGGGUGUUAUUUCUUGUUUCAUUUCGAUUUGGACGUUCGAAGGACAACGAUGGAAAAUAAAGGAUAUGACCAGCAAGGUCCUCCGCCGGCCUAUAAUCAGCCCCCGGCAGGGGCUUACCAAGGGCAACCUGCCGGCUACCAAGGACAACCUGCCGGCUACCCAGGACAACCGGGAUAUGGCCAACCUCCCCAGACAGUCGUAGUGACCCAGCCAGUGAUAGCUACUGGUCCGGUAGUUUCGCGGCCUCCUGACUAUCUCAUACCGUCAAUAUUUGCCUGUUUCUGCUGUUUUUGGCCAACUGGACUGUUCGCCAUAUACUAUUCCCUGAGGGCUAGCUCCCUCGCCGGACAGGGGGACAUGUCUGGCGCCCAGGCUGCAUCCAAUACGGCUCGAACUCUCAUGAUAGUCAGCAUAGUUAUCGGUGUGGUCUGGGUAGGAAUCGUCAUCAUCCUGUCAGCCACAGGAUCACUGGCAACAACUUCCUACAGAACGUACUAGGGACAACGGCUUUAUAAACUUUUGACUGGUUAUUAAAUAUUCAUAUUGUUGGAGCACCUCUUGGUAUCUCUGUCACUGCAUAAAUUAUAAUUGUUGUGUGUUUUUGUCUCGUUUAAGAUAUAUUAAUUUAUUAGCUGUUCUUAACUUUUUUUAUUUGUAAAUUUAUAAAAAUCGCCAAAGUUCUCUAACUCAAAGAAUCAUAUUCAUAAGUGUCGGGAGGAGACGAUGUAUUACCUUGACUUACUCCUGCACAGUUUAACCCUUACCAUGCAGGACACGAUUGAUUCUGACUUUGUUACCAGUGUAGAUCAUGAUCAGCUUGCACAUCCGUGCAAUUUGAUUAAGAUCUACACUGUUCACCAUUCAGUCAGUAUCUUUUUGCUAAGCACCCCUUUUAACACUUAAUGGUACUAUACUGUAUAAAAUUGAAAGAUGGACAAAUUCAUUAUAGAAAUUUAGCAGGGUAAAGGUAAAGUGCUCUAUGGAGGUCGAACUGAGUUUCUAAUAUGUUUUAUGCCAGAAUGUGAACAUAACUAUAGCUAAAUUGGUAGGCAAACUGAUAAAAUUUAUAAAUCAUUAAUUUGUGAUUCAACAAGGUCGUUAAGAAUGAUAUUCGACAUGCAAAAUUUGAAAUGUCGCUUUUCAUUCUAUCAUGUCAAUUUACAUUAAAACAAUGCAAAAUAUAUCUUUAUUGACGAUAUUCUAAACCAUUACAAAAAGUUCAGUUCGUUACAUGCGUUUAAAUGUUACAGUUUUGUCUUUACGUUUUAGUAUACUAGUAGGCCUUUUGUUAGUAAAAAUGUUGUUAAGGCUUACACAUCCUAUUGUUUGUUUAUCUGCACAUGUCCACAGACAUUAAAUCUGCAUGUUUUAUUGAUAAGCUGAAUAAUUUUAAGUGCAUGUAUGAAUGUGUCCGAAAACUGAACUUACAAGAGCGGAAACCCUACUUUCUUUAUGUCGGUUAAAUCCCCCUUUUCAUGAGUAUAUUGUUACCUUGUGUCCACACGUAUAAGGAAUAUUGUUGAAUUACCUUUUACCAGUUAUAUCUCUGUACAUUUAAUGAUUGAUCAUAUUAUUCAGUUAAAUGUGUUAAAUGUAUGUAAUAUUAAACUUAAACUAAAACAGACACUGGUAUUUUUAAAUUAAAUAAUAUAUACAUAUA